AUGCAAGUUUUUGUAUUCCUUCAGUUGUUUCUUCUUGUAUUCAGCUUUUGCCUUCUACAUGGCGCUUAUGGAGACUACGGUGGCUGGCAGAUUGGUCAUGCCACAUUCUACGGUGGUAGUGACGCUUCUGGCACGAUGGGGGGAGCUUGUGGGUAUGGGAACUUGUACAGCCAAGGAUAUGGAACAAGAACUGCAGCUCUAAGCACUGCCCUGUUCAACAAUGGCUUGAGCUGUGGUGCAUGCUUCCAGAUACGCUGCAACAAUGAUCCUCAAUGGUGCCAUUCUGGUACCAUUACCGUCACAGCUACCAACUUUUGUCCUCCUAAUUAUGCUCUGUCUAAUGACAAUGGUGGCUGGUGCAAUCCCCCUCUCCAACAUUUUGAUUUGGCACAGCCUGCUUUCUUGCAAAUUGCACAAUAUCGAGCAGGAAUUGUUCCAGUGCUCUUCAGAAGGGUCCCAUGUGUGAAGAAAGGAGGCAUAAGGUUCACCGUUAAUGGUCAUUCUUACUUCAACUUGGUCUUGAUAACCAAUGUGGCUGGCGCAGGUGAUAUUCAUGCUGUGUCUAUCAAGGGAUCUGGAACUGGGUGGCAAACCAUGUCAAGAAAUUGGGGCCAAAACUGGCAGAGCAACUCAUAUCUCAAUGGUCAAAGCCUCUCCUUCAGAGUCACAACCAGUGAUGGCAGGACUGUUACCAGCUACAAUGUUGUGCCUGCAAAUUGGCAAUUUGGACAAACUUUUGAAGGAGGCCAAUUCUAG